AUGGCGGCCAGCCUGACUAGCCUUGUGGCUGACCUCGAGGAGGUCGCCCACCCGCUCGGCGGCAUGGCCUUUGAGCGGACGGCGGUCACGCGCAACGACCGCCCGCAGCGGCCGCUGCUCGACUAUGACGUGCCCGGGGAGGAGAGGGGUGCGGACGGCGCGGCGGCUGUCGCGGGCGACGCGGCCGGCGGCGGCGAGCAGGGCGAGCGGGAGAGUGGCACGUCGGCCGCGUCGGCCGCGUCGGCGGGUGGCCGCAAGUCGUUUGUCCGCUCGCUGUCCGACUUUGGCGCCGUCGGUGAGCUGACGGUGCAGAUGCACACAGAGGCGGUGCCCUACGGGCUGUCGACGGCGGCGGGCGGCGGGUACGAGGCGCUGCUCUCGGACUUUGCAAAGCACUCAGCCGAGAAGCGGCAGGCCAAGCCCGCACGGGCGCCGGCGCCGGCUGGCGGUGGGAGCAGACGGCCGGCCGUCGGCCGGGAGGCGAGAGGCGGCCCGAGAGGCGGCCCGAGAGGCGGUACGGCUCGCGGCAGCGAGGUGCCUCCCGAGAGCUACGUCUGCCACAACUGCAGGCAGCCGGGCCACUGGAUCGCAAACUGCCCGCUGCCGCGUCAGAGCAAGCGGCCGAGGGACGACGCAAUAUGCAACGUCCCCGGCCACUUCGUCGCCGACUGCCCGCUCGCCCCGCGAGAGCGCGCGGCGGAGCGGCCUCCGCCUCCCCCUGGCUACGUCUGCCGCAAGUGCAACCAGUCGGGGCACUGGGUCGAGCUCUGCCAGCUGCGCGGGCACCACAACCCCGCGCCCGCGGUGCCGCCGGUCACGCCGAGCGCCGAGUCGGCCGAGGUCGGGCGCGACAUCGCGGAGGCGCUCGAGGAGGCGGAGGAGGAGGCGGUCGAGCAGAUCUGCAGGCUGGUCGAGGUGCUCGGCGAGGAGGCGUGCCGCGGGCUGCUCGUGCAGGCGUGGCAGGUCGAGGAGAACGGCGGGCUGCUCCGCACCGACGGCUCGGGCCAGCGCCGCACGCCCGGCGGCGUCUUCCUGUGGCUUGUCAAGCAGCAGGCCACGCCAGAGCAGCGCGCGCGCGUCUGGCCCAAGGCCGGCCAGGAGACGCCGGCCACGGCGAAAUAA